AUGCGGAGCAGAAUGCGGUUUUACUGUCAGAACGUGACCCUGGGCGCGGGCAUGCGGAGCGUCCCUGCGGGGCCUUUGGACGGCGCCGACUCAAACGGCCUCCAGGUGGGCGUUCAGCUCCCGGGCGGCGUGCAGACGGGGCCUCAGCAGCAGAACCAGCAGCUCCUCUUGACUCCGGCGAGCCUCCAGCUCGCUCAGCUGCAGGCGCAGCUCACGCUCCACCGCCUCAAGUUGGCCCAGGGAGGCAACACGGCGGCGGCCGCCUCGGUUCUCAGCCAGGUCCUUUCCAAUGUCAACAUGUCCCAGCCGCUGUUCAAUCAGCUACGGACUUCUCCUGCGGUUGGAAACCCGCAGGGUGCCUUCCCCUCCGGCGUGCUGGGUUUCCCGUCCUCCGGUUCGGCGUUGGGGGCUUUGAUGGGCGGAGGCUUUAACCAAAACCCCGGGAAUGUGAGGUUGAACCAGCCGUGUGGCGGCUCAAUGGGCCAGCAGGGCGGCGAAUAUGCCAAGAAGUCGGGGUCCGCUUACCCCUCGGACACCGACCGACGUCUGCAGUACAACUUAGCCGGAGGAGCGGCGGCGGCGCCCACCGCCGGUGAUGGACAGUACCCAGCCAUCAACACGCCGGCAAACAACAUGAACAGCGUGUCUUUUCAGAGAGAUUUCUACGGGCAGGAGAUGCAGGGGCAGCCAGGGGGCUUUGGCAUCAGCGAGCAGAAAGUGAGCGUCUACAACUCCGCCGGGCACAAGGAGCAGUGGAAAGGUCACGCUAAUUUGACUCACGCGGGAAAGGUGGAUUUAGUUUCUAAUCCCGCGGCGGUGUGGACAGCAGCUGGGCAGCCGCUUCGGUCCCGGACGGAUCUGUACAACCCAGAGGAGCCCACCUCUGACCCCAAGCUCAGCUGCGGCGGCGGGGUCUCCUCUUUUGUUUCAAGCGGCGCUCAGGGAUUCGGGGGCUACCCGCCUCUGCACGGGAGCGAGGAGAUCCUGUCUUCAGGUACCAGGACUCUGCAGCCCUACCAGGUGAACGACUUCCAUGCCGUCACGCCCGCUCAGCUGCCGCACCAGUGCAGCAUCUGCGACAAGAAGGUCUACAACCUGAAGGACUGGGACCAGCAUGUGAAGGGAAAACUACAUCUGCAGAAUCGGACUCUAUACAGCAAUGAAAGCUCAGCGGUUGUACCGGCCGGAGCGGCGCACUACGCCGUCGGCAGGUCCUCUGAUGGCGGUCUGAACGCCGCAGCGGGAAACUCCAUGGUCUGCUCUGCCACAAGUCAAGAUGUAUCCUCAGGAGCCAAUGCGUCAUACUUGCCAGCUACAGCCAUGAAGACUUAUCCCAUGUCAGAUGCAGGAUUUGCCCCCCACCAACCAGAGUCAAAGUCUUUUCCGCCGAGAAAGGCCACAGUGGGUCGAGUUGUUCACAUCUGCAAUCUCCCAGAAGGCAGCUGCACUGAGAAUGACGUGAUCAACCUGGGACUGCCCUUUGGAAAAGUCACCAACUACAUCCUCAUGAGGUCCACCCAUCAGGCCUUCCUGGAGAUGGCGUACGUCGAAGCGGCUCAGGCCAUGGUUCAAUACUACCAGCUCACUCCGGCUGUGAUCAACAAUCAGAAGCUCCUCAUACGGAUGUCGAAGAGGUACAAGGAGCUGCAGCUCAAGAAACCAGGAAAAGAUGUCCAGUCAAUCAUUCAGGAUAUCACUUCACAGCGGGAAAGGGACGAGAUGCAAGAACUUGAACCCUAUGUGCCAGAGAGGGCGCGCUCCCGCAGCCCGAUCAGCCGCUCUCUGAGUCCUCACUCUCACAGCCCCAGCUUCACCUCCUGCAGCUCGGCCCACAGUCCUCAGGGGGCCCCGUGCAGGGGCCCGGAGAGGGGCAGCAAUGGAAUGGGCCCCCACCGGGCCUCAUGGGACUGGCCGUCACACAGGAGGGGCGAGGAGGAGAGGGAGCGGGACAGGGACGACCCCUGGAGGAACGGGAGCGGCGCGGACGACGAGCGGCCGAACGGACGGGCGUCGGAGCGGAGGAAGACCUACCAGAAGCCGUCGGAUCACCUCGGCUCGAGAUCGGCGGACGAGCGGGGGGGAGGGGGGGGCGACGGGAUGAGAAGCGGCAGAGACUGGCACCCGCGAAGCAGCCCUCAGUCCUCGUCCUUCAACUCCUACAGGAACAUGGAGGACGACUUCUUCAUGGAACACGUGUACAAGUCUGACAAGCCGCUCAGACCCUCGUACCAACGACACGAAGCCAAAUCCAAGAGGAGGGACGGGGGCGAUUACCACGCCAGGUCCAGACACUCCGACUUCGAGAUGAGUGAGGAGUCGCUCUGUAAAGCCUCAGAAGACAAGAGGCAGAGCUCACCGGGCCGGGCCAGGGGCAAGAAGACGAGCAGGAGGCACGCGACCCCGGAGAGACACGAGAGGAACGCCGCUGAGAGCUCGGACCGCCAGUCGAAGGAAAAGUCUGCGUCGCCUCAUUCAGUCUGUAACAUCAAAGAGGCUACAGAAAGUAGCAAAGACAAAGAAAUUGAGAGGGAGUGGGAAAGUGGAGACGAGACAGAUGAAGAUGUUUGGUACCCCAACAACAUGGAGGAGCUGGUCACUGUGGAUGAAGUGGGAGGAGAAGACGAUUCCAUUAUCGAGCCAGACCUUUCUGAACUGGAGGAGUUCGCGUCGGGCCCCAAAGAACCUGCAGCGGAAGAGCCAGGAGAGGCGCGUGUCUCGCCGUCCGUCCCCUCAGCGGAAGUGAAGGAAGAAUGCGAUGAGAAGUCUCAGGCAGAAAGGUCGUGCGGUGAUGCCGGAGAACCGGCCGCCUCGUCCAUGAGCGAGAAAACAGAGGAUGUCUUGAACGCAGGGACGGAAAGUCAGAAGACGAGUGAGGUGGCUCCCGAGCCGCCGGGGACGAAGCUCGGCGACUUCCCCAGUGAGGAGUUCAAGGCUGCGCUAGCGGAGACGUGUGAGGAGGACGGCAAAGUAACUGACAGCUGGCCGUCUGAGGAGCUGAAGGAAAAUCACAUCUGUGAAUCAGAGGAGAGAAAAAGCAGAGAAGCUGGACAAGUUGUAGAAACAAGAGACAGUGGAGUGCCGCACAGCGAUGGCUGUCCCAGAAAAGGAGGCCUGGAGAAGACAGUAUCACCGCCAAUUGAUUAUAAAGUUUGUCUUCCAGUCAUAGAGGUGGAGGCUCCUUCGACAUUUCAGGAACAGGACAAAGCCGUCAGUGAACACAGCAUCCCUCUGGGAGUGGAGUUCAUCGUACCAAGGACCGGUUUCUUCUGUAAACUCUGCGGACUUUUCUACACCAGCGAGGAGGCGGCGAAGACGUCUCACUGCAGGAGCACGGUGCACUACAGGAACCUGCAGAAAUAUCUGUCUCAGCUGGCGGCGGACAGCCUAUCGGGCGCACUCACUGAACCCUCCGCUGCACAGUGACAGCGGCUUAACCUCUGACCUCCCGCACCAGAGAGGAAAGAUCAGUGUGUGUGUGUGUGUGUGCGCAGUUUGUGCAAAGCUUUGGAAAAAACCACAGCAUGGAUAAUGUGACAUAUGGAGGCUACUGCAAUGAUUUGGAUGCCUGCAGGUUUCAUAAGCACUCUCAACUCUGUACAUACCUGAAGUGA